CACUCUCUCUUUAAUUUUUGUUUGGUGGUUGCAAAGAGGUGAAAAUUCUCUAACUCCAAUUCACCCCACCUCUUGGAGUGCAUUGAGUCAACAAUUGGUAUCAGAGCAAGGGCUCCAAUUUGAAGGCUUAACCACCUAGGAGUUGAUCGGGGAUGGCUCAAUUUCAAUCUUCUCAACCACUUGAAAGUUUGUCUACCACUAAGCCUCCUUUUUUUUAUGGUACUAAUUAUAAUUAUUGGAAGAUAGGAUGAAGGUCUUCAUGCUUGCAAAUGUGCCCAAGGCAUGGAUUAUGACUAUGAAAGGUCCAUAUGUGCCUAUGAAAGUAGUUGGGGAAAGUGAGGUGCCAAAGGAAGAAGUUGAAUGGACUAAUGAUGACUUGGUGAAGAUCAUGAUCAACAACAAAGCAAUCAACAUGCUUCAAUGUGCUCUCAAUCCAACGGAAUUCCAUAGAGUUUCCGGGUGUGAUACGGCUAAGGAGAUGUGGGACAUGUUGGAGGCUCUUGGUAAAGUCUAUCCUCCUCAAGAAGUGGUGAGAAAGGUUCUUAGAAGCUUGCUUAAGAGUUGGGAAGCCAAGAAGAUGGCAAUUGAAGAAUCUAAGGAUCUCAACACUCUCAAGCUUGAAGAUCUCAUUGGUAAAUUGAUGACAUAUGAGAUAGAAGUUCAAGGUGAUGGUGGAGUUGAAAUAGUUGAGAAGAAGAAUAAGAAUGUUGCUUUCAAGGCUAGCAACCAAAAGGAAGAGAGUGAAGAUGAUGCUAGUAAUGAUGAGUCUAGCAAUUAGGAGGACAUCACCAAAUUGAUUUCAAAGGAAGUGAAGAGAUUCAUGAAGAAGAACAUCAAAAGCAAGCUUGCAAAGAGAGAUGAAGGAGAGUCUACCAAAAGGAGUGUGAAAUGCUAUGAGUGCAACAAGAUGGGGCACUAUAGAAAUGAAUGUCCCAAAUUGAA